AUGGGUAAAAAAAUCUUACCGCACUAUCUGGGCUGCCCUAAUCUGAAUCCUAUGAGACUUUUCUCCCCCGCAAGCCAUCACUUACCUCUGUUGUUCAAAACGACAAGCACUGAGAUUCAGAAAAACUACAUAUCCCAUAAAGUGUUGCACGCCGAGGGCUUGUGGAGCCCAUGGUCGGCCGCGGCGCAGGCGCGGGCUCCACAGUGGAGAAAGAUGGCGGCCCCGACGUUUACUGCGAGGUUAUACUCCCUGUUGUUCCGCAGGACCUCCACUUUCGCCCUCACCAUCGCCGUGGGCGCUUUGUUCUUCGAGCGCGCCUUCGACCAAGGCGCGGACGCGAUCUACGAACACAUCAACGAGGGGAUGUGAAUCCCAAAACAUUAAAUGAGAAGCUGUGGAAACACAUCAAGCACAAGUAUGAGAAUAAGUAGCUCCCCGGAGACCCCUACCCAAGCCAAAAGGACCAGGUCCAUCCACCAGCUGUUUGCCCAGAACCAGGGCCUCAGCUUGAAGAUGAUGCUCAGAUUACUCUUCACCGACCACCUUUAGCUGUUGGCAAGAAGUGGCUUCACCUGACAGACUCUUUAACUUCUGCUGUGUUUGAAGCAUGUUUAAUCAGUCAUCAGCAAAUAAAUGUAAAUUGUCCUUGA